UGAUUCAUCUCCUUUUACAGUAACCAACUACCAGCAACGCAGUUGUAGAGAGAGAGUGAGCCGUGUGAAGAGAGAGAAAAUGAACGGAGCAGGGAAGACGGUGUGUGUUACCGGAGCUUCCGGUUACAUCGCUUCAUGGCUAGUCAACCUCCUUCUUCACCGCGGUUACACUGUCAAUGCCACCGUUCGUGAUCUCAGAACUGCAAAUGGAAGUUUUUGCAAACCAUUGUCCAUUCGUGGAUAUGAUCCAAAGAAAGUUGAGCACUUGCGUUCUCUAGAUGGAGCUAAGGAACGGCUUCACUUGUUUCCGGCAAACCUGUUGGAGGAGGGAUCUUUUGAUGCCGCUGUGGAGGGGUGUGAAGGUGUAUUUCACACUGCUUCUCCCUUCUUCAAUGAUGCUAAAGACCCAGAGGCUGAAUUGCUUGAUCCUGCUCUGAAGGGAACACUUAAUGUACUCAAUGCCUGUGCAAAAAUCCCGUCGAUAAAAAGAGUGGUACUUACAUCUUCAAUGGCAGCGGUUGCAUACAAUGGAAAAUCUCGAACUCCUGAAGUGGUGGUUGAUGAAACCUGGUUUAGUGAUCCAAACCUCUGCAGGGAAUCAAAGGCGUGGUAUGUGCUCUCUAAAACUAUGGCCGAGGAAGCUGCAUGGAACUUUGUGAAGGAGAAGGGUAUCGAUAUGGUAACUAUAAAUCCAGCAAUGGUUAUUGGUCCAUUGUUGCAGCCAACACUCAACACAAGUGCAGCUGCAAUAGCGAAUUUAUUCAAUGGGGUAAAAGCUUACAGAAACAUGACUUUCGGUUGGGUGCAUGUUAAAGAUGUUGCCAUGGCACAUAUCUUGGCACUCGAGGUUCCUUCAGCUAAAGGAAGAUACUGUUUAGUCGAAAGUGUCGCCCAUUAUUCAGAUAUUGUUAAGGUGUUAAAAGAGCUUUACCCGAAUGCUGCACUUCCUGAAAAGUGUGAAGAUGACAAACCUUUUGCAUCAGUUUACCAGGUCUCCAAGGAGAAAACUCAAAGUUUGGGCAUCGACUAUAUUCCUCUUAAAACGAGCCUCAAGGAGACUGUCGAAAGCCUCAAGGAGAAGGGAUUUAUUAGCAUUUGAUUUGACUUACUUGAGUUGCACUUAUCAAUAGCUAGUUUUGAAUAAGAGGUUUUGAGUAAUAUAUGAGACUAAUAGCUAAGCUUUUGUAAUGGUGUGAGUUAUUCUGCUUAUGUAUGACAUUGGUAAGAUAUUGUUCUCAAAACUUGUCUUCAAUCUAAUAACAUUCACUCAAUUUUUAA